UUGGGUUGGGUUGUCUCGCGCACGUACCUGUGGUGGUGUGAGUGCACUCGAGCUGGAGCUGCGAUGGCGAGUCUGAGAGCUGCGGCGGCUUUGUGCAGGUUGACAACAAGCAAAUAUUCCUACUGCUCAGGAAAUGGACAUCGUAACCUCUCUGUGUCAGCAGCAUUACUUGCUCGCACUCAUGUUAAUUAUGACAUUAAAGGUGACGUGGCGGUUGUGAGGAUCAACGAUCCAACCUCCAAGGUGAACACACUGUCGAAGCAGUUGCAGGCCGAGCUGACGGAGGUGAUGGGGGAGAUUUGGGGAAACGGAGCGAUUAAGAGUGCGGUGCUCAUCUCCACCAAACCGGGCUGCUUCAUCGCCGGAGCUGAUAUCAACAUGAUCAAGGCCUGUACGAGUGCAGAGGAAGUGACAUCCCUGUCACAGGAAGGACAGAAGAUGUUUGAGAAGAUCGAGAAGUCGCCCAUCCCCAUCGUGGCAGCCAUUAACGGCUCCUGCCUGGGCGGCGGCCUGGAGUUUGCGAUCGCGUGUCAGUACCGAGUGGCCACUAAGAGUAAGAAGACGGUUCUGGGUACGCCGGAGGUGAUGCUGGGACUCCUGCCCGGAGCUGGAGGAACUCAGAGACUACCCAAGAUGGUGGGACUUCCUGCUGCCUUCGAUAUGAUGCUGACGGGGAGGAACAUCCGAGCAGACAAGGCCAAGAAGAUGGGUCUCGUCCACCAAGUCAUCGACCCCCUCGGUCCAGGACUGAAGAGCCCAGAGGAAAGGACUAUAGACUAUCUGGAAGAAGUGGCUGUGGACGUUGCGAAAGGCCUCGCUAAUAAGAAGGUCACUGUGGAGAAGAAGAAAGGCUUAAUGCAGAAGCUGCAGGAUUCGGUGAUGGGAAUGGCUUUUGUGAGGAAACAGAUCUACAACACGGUCACCAAGAAAGUCAUGAAACAAACCAAAGGCCUUUAUCCAGCGCCGCUCAAGAUCAUAGAGUGUGUGCAGACGGGUAUAGAGAAAGGUUCAGAUGCAGGAUACCAGAAGGAGUCAGAGAACUUCGGCAAGCUGGCGAUGACGUCGGAAUCGCGCGGUCUGAUUGGUCUGUACCAGGGUCAGGUGACCUGUAAGAAGAAUAAUUUCGGUAAACCAGAGAGAGAAGUGAAGACCUUGGCGAUCCUGGGGGCGGGGCUUAUGGGGGCGGGUAUCGCCCAGGUAACUGUGGAUAAGGGCGUGGCCACCAUCCUGAAGGACACGACGGUGGAGGGAUUGGCCAGAGGACAACAGCAGGUCUACAAGGGACUGGAUGAUAAAGUAAAGAAGAAGAACAUAACGUCGUUCGAGAGAGAUACGACUCUGUCGGUCCUGACCUCGCAGCUGGACUACAGCGGCUUUACGAAGGCUGACAUGGUGAUCGAGGCCGUGUUCGAGGAUCUGGCCAUCAAACACCGAGUGCUGAAGGAGGUGGAAGCUGUGACCCCUCCGCACUGCAUCUUUGCCUCCAACACAUCAGCGUUGCCCAUCAAAGACAUCGCCGCCAUCAGCACCAGACCUGACAAGGUGAUCGGGAUGCACUAUUUCUCUCCGGUUGAUAAGAUGCAGUUGUUGGAGAUCAUCACAACUGAUAAAACAUCUAAAGACACGACGGCGUCGGCUGUAGCUCUCGGCCUCAAGCAGGGCAAAGUCAUCAUCGUGGUGGGGGAUGGACCGGGAUUCUACACCACUCGCUGCCUGGCUCCGACCCUCUCAGAGGCGAUCAGAGUGCUGCAGGAAGGGGUGGGGCCUAAGAAGCUGGACACCUUGACGACAGGGUUUGGGUUUCCCGUCGGCGUGGCGACGCUGGUGGACGAGGUAGGGGUUGACGUUGCAGCUCACGUGGCUGAGGAUCUCGGGAAGGCGUUCGGUUCACGGUUCGGAGGCGGGAGCGUGGAGGUGCUGAAGAGCAUGGUGCAGAAAGGCUUCAAGGGUCGUAAAUCGGGUAAGGGCUGUUACGUGUACGGAGCCAAAUCAAAGGAUAAGCAGCUGAACUCAGGAACUGAGGAGAUUCUGAAGAAGUUUAAACUGGUGGCGCCCCCUGCUGUGUCUGGAGAUGAGGACGUACAGUAUCGGCUCGUGUCCCGAUUCGUGAACGAGGCUGUCCUGUGCCUGCAGGAGGGAAUUCUGCCCGAUCCCGUCCAAGGAGACAUCGGAGCAGUGUUCGGACUCGGCUUCCCUCCCUGUCUCGGAGGUCCGUUCCGCUUCGUGGACUUGUUCGGCGCUGAUAAACUCGUUCAGAAGAUGAGACGGUACGAAGACGUGUACGGAAACCAGUUCACCCCCUGCCAGAUCCUCCUCGAUCACGCCAAGGAUCCCAGCAAGAAGUUCCACAAGUGAACCUCAAAGCGCGAAAGGUUCUAACCCGUGUAAGAGCAUCGUAGCCUUCCGACCUCGAGCUUCAUCCUGAGGAGGAACGUCUUGUCUGUCUAUACGCACUCGAACACACCGUCUGGAACACACGACUCCCUCGUAAUGAACCGAUUCCUGCCUCCGUAGCACAUACGGACAUAGCACCGUUUUGAUUUGUGAGAAUUAUUGAACCGACAUUUCUCUUACUACACAGUUCCUAAAAUCGUUCCGAAGGUCUGUGUGAUCUAAGAGUUCUACAGAAGGGAAAUCUGUCACGUGUCUGUACCUGCGAAGAAGCGAAAAAUGCGUGGUAUGUUCUGUAAAAUCGUGGCUGGUUGUGUGUUUAAAAGUUGCUCAUUUAGUUCUCGCUGAAUCUUAGUUUGUUUGUUUGUUUUUCUUUUCUUAGAUUAAAAAUCAGCACCUUCUAUGAGUUAGCGUUCGUAUGCAGGAGAAAGUCGACGGGGGGGGGGUUUUCUUCAUUUACUGCUCGUUUGUAUCGAAUACGGUUUAAGGGAAAAAAGUGGGCGUGUCCUAAUUAUUUUGAGUAGGGUUGAUUCAGCAGAAAAAGCGGAGAUGUGGACGUGAAAGAGAAGUCACGUGUAGUAUUAUUAACCUCGGUAAAGAACCGGAUUAGCAUGCUAGCUAGCCGCUUUAAAUCGUUAAAGGGGUAGUUUGGCCGAAAAUUAAACUCCCGUCAUCGUUGACUCGCCCUCGCGUCGUUCCAAAGCUGUAUGACUUCCUAUCUUCUGUGGAACGUAGAAGAAGAUAUUUUGAGAAAUGUCUCUGUCUUUCGUUUCGUUUCGUUCUUUUUGUCCGUACAGUGGAAGUCAAUGGGCGCCAAAAGUGUUUGGUUACUAACAUACUUCCAAAACAUCUUCUGUGUUCCGCAGAACAGCUUGUAUUACUCUAGUAUAAACGCUGGGUUUAACCACAAACAUGAAGGGUGGUAGUACACGGGUUUUCCUGCCAUCGUUUCAUCUUCGAAAACGGUUAACUGACAGCUUGUUGUCCAGGAAGUGACAAAUUCUGGAUAGGAAAUUAGGCAUAUUGGGAAACUGUUUAGGUUUAUUAUUAUUAUUAUUAUUAUUACUAACGCUUAUAUAAACGCUUUUUUAAAAUAAAGUUUUCGCUCUGGAA